CUUUUCAUCUCCAAGAAACUAAACUAGAGGUAAAUUGAAUCUGAUCUUCCCUCAAACGCUGUUGUAUCUUGAGUGAGUCUAUAAAGAUUAUCUGUGUGUUUACAGUGUGAUUAGAAAAGAUGAGUACACGAAGACGCCCAGCAGCGCCGAGAUCAUCGUCAAGUGGUAUGACGGAAAACGAGAAGAAGAUCCUAGGCUUUAUACGUAGCAAGCAAGGCAUGGGUGCAACUAAAUACGAGAUUACAGCAGGGACAAGCAUCCAACAAGCCCUCGUAACAAAAGCCACCACUUCUCUCAAGAAGAGCAAACUCAUCAAAGAGGUUUCAAACAAAGGGGGCAAACACUUUCUUGCAGUGGAGUUCGAGCCUUGUAAGGAGCUACAAGGUGGGGAUUGGUACGUCGAUGGAGCUCUUGACGUUUCCAUGAUCGAAGAUCUCAAGGAGAUUUGUGUCAAUAUACUGGAGAGGCUUAAGCAAAAGGUUGUUACACUUGAGGUUAUAUGUUCGUGUUUUCAAAAGGCUAGUAGAGAUGAGUACAAGUUGAGUAGAGAUCAGACUAAGGUGAUACUCGAUAACUUGGUUUUGGAUAAUGUUAUCAUGGAGGUGAAGAGCAAUGGGUCGAGUGAGCAUUCCGCUUUGAGAAUCGGUGAAGUUUGGUAUAAACUGAUCGGUAAAAAAUCAGGUGGUGGUGAAGCUAGAGAUGGAGCUUUUGCUUCUAUACCUUGUGGGGCUUGUCCACAUAUAGGGCUUUGUACACCUGAUGGGGCCAUCUCUCCAACAACAUGUGUUUAUUAUCAGAAGUGGUUAGACUUUUAGCUUCUUUUUUUUCGAUUUUAAGUUUGAAUUUGGACAUAAGAUGUAAUAAUACUUCAAGGUGUUUUGACAGAACUAAAACAAGAAAACAUGAAUGGAGGAUUAUGAUCUUCUCAGCAAGCUUUCUCAGUGUAUAUGUGUUUUAGUUACCUUGUAUUAAUGUUGUACUUUCACUGCAAAACAUGUAAUAAUCAGGAUCAACAUUAUUCAUUGUAGCAUGUGCAACAAAGCCAACCUAGUUUAGAAGAAAGAAUGAUAAAUGGAUGCCUCCAUUCAACAACCUUGUUAGCGUUUAGGAAUGUUUAUCUUGGAUACCGUAUCUAUUGAUUAUGAUUAAUGACAAUUUAGGAAGGACUAGUGUUUAGGAAUAUGAUGACCAUGUAUGCCUGUCAGCAUCUUGGCAUUACCCCAUCUCUUUUAUGUCAUCAAAUAUGGUAAACUUCGUUUUGUAGAUGUUGAGAGUCAUUCUAGAUAGAUGUUUAUAUAGAUAACCAGGAGCACCAAGUACAAUAUGUUAAUAGUGUCAUCCAUCAGAGGAUAUGCCUUCGUUAAACACUUUUUAAGUAGCCCCCCACCCAAAAAAGAAACAAAUGGGUCGGCUAUGCUUCGUGUAAUUAACAUUAUUGGACCAGAAUAGUAACACGAGGCCGGACCAAAUGUAACAGAUAUUGUUACGAGUUAUAGUGUAGCUUUAGAACCUUCAAAUUUAUAGGUAGAGCAAAAAGUAAGGUCCUACCGGGAGUCGAACCCAGGUC